GGGUCUUGAAGAUGAAUGUCUAUAAUAUAAUAUACUAUAAGUUGUACUAUAGCUCUAUAACUCUAUCUAUAAGAAAAUGACAAAAUAAUGUAUAUAAAAUAUUGAACAAAAAAUAGAAUCUCUGGGACAUCCCCAGGAUUAUUCGUAAUUCGGCUAAUACCGGAGAUAAUUAAAGCUGGCUGAGGGCCAGAGUAGCGUUGUGCCCUGUACAUCUGCCGCCCUCCACCUCCACCUCUUCCACCUGAAAUCAGGUGUGGCAGCCGCCAUAUGGCCACGCGGCGUAUGAUUCAUAUUUGAUACACCAGUACGUAUACGUGAUUUUUGCUCGACUUCUGCCCCGCUGAAUCUUAAGCGGGAGGAGCACGAAGGAGGAAAAAGCUAAUUAUGCGGCUGCUUGAAAUAUUUUUCAACGCUCGCCGCUCGUCCGUUUUCAUUUUCAUUUCAAGUCUUUUGCCACUAACUGUCGUCUCAUUAAUUAAAUGGACGUGGAACGUCGCAAUUACUUGGCGGAAAACCGAAAAAAAAAAAACAAAAUACCCAAGAAACGAAACGAAAAAUGAUUUGGCAAGUGUUCUCAGGGCCUGCCCUAAUAAUUUUGGCAGAACAUUGUGGGUUAAUAGUUUUGCUUUACAACAAAAACGUUGGCCGAAAAUAAACGCAUAUAGAUUUUCUUCUCAGCACUUGGCUAGAAUAGCUUGGCUGUUCUUCGAAUUUCACAAUAGGCUCGAAAUGCAAAAGAAGAUACGAUUCUUUUUACGAUUUCCCAAUGUCUUUGCGUUUCCUGUCGCGUGGCUUUGGUUUAGUUGGGGAUUCAACAUGACACUGGUUGAGAUGCUCCACCACGAGCAAGGUUUCCACUUCCGGAGGAGCAUCAGCAUCCAGCAUGAGAAGUAUAUGUGUUGUCCGAGGCUGUGGCCUAAAUAAUCUAUGUGCAGGCCCCCAUUCUCAUAUUUAUUUGUUCUGCGGUUGCAUCUGCCUGUCUGUUGCAUUUGUCUGCUGACAGCGGAAUGGGGAAGUUAUCGGUUACAGUGCAGCACAUCAGCCACCAGCCACAAGACAAAUGAAAGUUUAAAGAGACGCCUCCCGUCUCCAUUCAUUGGAUUCAAUUAAUUCUUCUUUCAAUACCACAACGAUGAAGUUUUUAUGCGAUCCUCCAAACUGUAAACACAAAACAGACUUUGGCUUUGGCUUUUUUGGCCAUUUGUUAGCGUUUUGCUAAACAUUUUUAGAACUAUGCUGCCCGAGAAUCUACAAACGUAUAUUUUAUGUUUGUGCAUCUGCCUGAUCGGGUCUUUGGCUUUAGGAAAUAAAAAAAGAGGAAAUUAAAACAAGAAAGAAAAGCUAACUUUGGGAGCAAUCGAAGUUGAGAUACCCUAGAAGUUAGGUGGAGGUUUAUCUCUUAUGAGAUAAUAUUUGAGUAUCAAAACAGUUUAGCAUAAUGGAGGAUAUAGGAUAUUGUCCACCUAUUAAGAUAGCUUGAAACCUGAGAGACUAGCAAGAUUAGAAAAGAAGGACAUAUGGGCUCUCGAGAUUAUAGUACUGGAGAUAUCUCCUUCUCUGCAGAAAUAUAUGUCUUCUAAUUCCUUCCAAACCAUAAUACCCACCGAAAGAGUAUUUAAAAUCAGAACGAGAAACGAAUAAAACCAUCAUAAGAAUCGGAGCGCAAAGUUCUCUGGCCAGCAUAUGGGAAAAUUUGUUAGUGGGUCUAUUGUAUUGCAUAUAUAUUAUAUAUAUACCAGUGAGUGAGCGUGUGAGAGAAGCGAUCCUCUAGCGAAUUUUCACAAGCAGCUUUUCCGCUUUUCCGUUUUCCGCGGUGUUCAGUGCGCGUUGAGUUGCCGUUGGCGACGCCAUCUCCUCCGUUGCUUUCCUCCGAUACUUUAGUUCUUAUUUUUUUUCUUUUAAUAAUUGUAAAUAAUUUGUUUAAUAACCGCGUUUCGUGUCGCGUUUGUGUUAGACUCUCUGAAUGCGUAAUAAAAUAAAGCAACAAAUAAUAACUAUUAUAACGAGAAUAAUUGAAGCUAAUCCGGGAAAGGCACGCACACAUACCAUUUCUCCACACCGAUUUCGAUGGAAUCGAACGUUUAGCGUGGAAAUUACGCAUACGUAGCGUGUGCUGCAGGUCUCUCUGCUGUUAUCUACCUGAAAAUUGCGUAAUUUCUUGUUUAGAUUAUCACCUUCAGUGUGGUGCCCCGUGCUGCGGCACGUUCGUUGUCCGUUUUCCUCACAACAUUUGGCUUUUGGGGUCAUCUUGCAAUUUUAACAAAAAUAUUGUUAAAAAUAAAUUCACAUAAAUUUAGAAGCACGAAUUUUACAAAAGCCGAAUGAAAUAGAAAAAAAAAAACUAAAAACCGAAAGUGUUUUCGUUUCAAAAUAUAUUGUAUGUGUGCGUUGGCUGAAUGAAGCUAAAAAUACGAUCCAAACAAAAAAGCCAAUUAAUACGGUUGAGAUGGCCUAUGAUGGAUGUUCCAAGUCCUAGUUGAAAAAGAAUAAUUAAAUCAGUUGGCUUUCUUUAUAAACAUCCUGUGGAAUUUCUAGAUUUUGUUUAAAUUAAAAGCUUGCCACAAAUAUUUCCGACAAUUGUAAACAUUCUACUGUGAUAUAAUGAUACCUUUGUUGGUAUAACAGUUCCAUUUACCUUAGAAAUUUUUGAUCAUAGAGCGAAAGCUCUGACUAGUAGCUCUCUGAUUAAACAAAAAUAUUAUAUAAAUUCCAAGGAAAUGUGCCAAAUGGUAAACAUCAUACCGCGAUAUCCCGAAAGGCUUUCCCUUAAAGUAUGUAGGCAUUCUUGAUAGGCCUUUCCAUCUGUAAUCAAUUGGCUAUAAUACCCCUAAUGAUAAAAGUUUGAAAUUCAGUUCGAGCUAUUCGCAUGACCAGAGCAGAUCAUAGAAACUAUCAAAACGGACUCUUGGUAUUUUUAGCAAAAAGUCUAAAGAAUAUAAAAGUUCGUGUGCGAGUGCGUCUUAUAUAUAGACCUAUGUAUAGUGCGUGAGUGUGUAGUGGAUAUAUUCCUAUAUAUAGUGGAUGGCACCUUGAGCCGCAUCAGCCAUAGCCACAAUGUGUUCAUGCUGCGAUCGUUAAGUUGCUGAGGGAGUCAUGUCCACGCCCACACCCACACCCACGCCUACUGCCUCGGGAACAGCUGCUCCACUCGGGGGUCAGCAGGUUCCACUGCCACACGAGCUGACCGCCGAGUGGACGGUGCGAGCCCAUCUAACCUUUGCCCGGGCUGGGGAGACCGUGCAGAAGGAGUUUAGUGCUCCGGAGGCAGUGCAUCCAGUGCGUGUGGUCUACAAGUGGAGUACUCCCUUCGAGGAUCCCGAAGCAGAGCAGGAUGCAGACAAGACCAGAAACAGCUUCCGUUCCACCAAUUCUUCGGCCACCACCACCAAUGCCGACUCUGCCUUCGGCAGUCCCCAAGCUUCGAGAGCUCUAAACCAACUGCCUGUCAAGGAUAAAGCCGCUGCUGCUCCUCCUGGUGCCACGGCUCAAGUAUGCGGGACUCGCUGUCGGAGCACUUGCAACAUUAUGGUGUCCGCCGUGGCGGAUUUCCUUCCUCAAGAGGAGGGAGCCAUGGUGGCCAAUGAACCCUUUGUGUACCACAGCAAGGUGAGAGCCCAGCAGCUGAGGGAUGCCUUUUCCCAGACAAGCGACACCGAGGAGCAGCCGGCCAGGAGGCGUCCGGCGUACGAGCAGCGUCGGGCCACCACCGAGGCGCUGAUGAACUUUGCCAGCAAGCGGCAGGCGGAGGAGGCUAACACCUACGUGCCAACCUACUCACCCACGCCCACAACGCCCUCGUCCACUUUCAAGUCGGCCUCGAUGUCCAGGAUACCGCCACUGGCUGGCAGUGUGAAUCAACCGUCGGCCUCAAGGCCACCCAAUCUGGGGGAGAAGAAACCCCGCACAGUCCACAUCGAUGUCUACUGUACGGGCUCCGAGGGCGACGAGGAGGAAGCCGAUGAUGAGCACCACGCCGACGAGGAGGCAUCGAGUUCAUCCGACUCCGAGCUGGCUGGCAGCAAACGCUACGACCUAGAAUCGACUUCCACGCCGCAAACCGUGCUGGACAACGAGCAGAUGCUGUUGCGUCAUCAUAGAGUCUCGGGCGGAGCCAUGCCGAGGCGCCUAGCCCAGCAGCAGGGCCAAAGCCCAGGAUCAGGGACGCAAGCGAGGGACCAACUGAAUCUCGGACAUGCCAUCACCAAAUGCAGUACCGCCGAGGAGGUCAGCGAGUCCAAGCAGCUGCUCUUCCGCAAGCACAUCGGGGACCAGCGGGCGGCCAAGCUGGCCAAUCUCCGCCAGAAGUACAUGCGCCAGCCCAGCGACGAGACCAGCAGUAGCACCUACCCGAACUCCUCCCGCUCCACGAUGCCGCGGGAUGCCACCUGCAGCAGCAUAUCCAGUGUGAUAGGCGGAGUGGACUGCGUUGACUCCUCCUGGAAGGAGACUGACGAGGUGGAUACCCCGAACAUCAGCUUCGGCCUGACCAAGUCCGAUAGCUUUGAUUAUGAGAACUCGCUAGACAGGCUUCGCAUCAGCCAGAUGGAGAGACUGUGGUCCCGUCAGCACUCCUUGGACCAGAGCCCGAGCCAGCACCUGACUGCGACCAACAAUCCGCAUCCACAUGCUCUGCAGACCAUCACCGAGGCGCAGUCCUCGCAGCGCAGCUCCUUCCAGCGCAGCGACACCAUCCCCUCGGAGUCGGAUGGCUUUUCGGAUGCCAACGGCUUCAACACCUAUCCGGGAAGGCACUCGCAGUCCCAGCUGCAGCAGAUAUCGCAUUUCCCGCGCAAUCGUCCGGGUUUUCUGCAGUUCUUUGGACCCACUAGCGGACAAGGACCGACUGCAACGCCACCGGCCACGGCUCCCGUCCAGCCAGCUGCCACUGCCACUACGGAUCCGUUCCGCCUGCUCCAUCCCAGCUAUCGCUGGAAGAGCGAGGCCCGUGACAAUCUGAGUGUGCAGGUGGCUUCCGGAUCGCCCUCCUCGGAGCGCAGUUCGCCGCAAUUGUUGUCGGCGGCCACCACAGUGGUGCGAUGCGGCAGUGAAGCCCCGCCCAGCACCACUUCCGCCAGUACUUUUGGGGCCACUGUGGCGCCAUCACCACUGCCAGUGCGGCGUUUCGAUAUAUCCCGGGACAGUCCCAGCUUGGCCAGUGAGGCGUCCACCGUCGUUUCCGGCUACACGCACGAGCACCUGGAGAAGGCGCGUCGAUUCGGCAACGUGGUGGCGAUGCGGAAGCCUGGCCACCAUGUGGGCCCCACCAAGAAUCCCAACUGCCAGUGCGAGAGCUGCCAGAGGUGGCUGGCGGAGCGGUUCCAGCUCCGCGGCAGAGCCUUCUCCCUGGGCGAGCGACCCCUGCUGAGGAGGCCCCAGCCAUAGGACUAGGACAUUGAAAUUCAUAUUUAUCUUCCACUUUAAGGCUUGCAUUUAACACUUUGCUUUUCUGAUUGCCCCACUGCCCCGAUUAACCCGAACCCCAGAUCUAAUCCCGAACCACAAGAUACCCAAAUCUGUCGAAUAGUUGUAAGCCAGACGCGAAUGUUCCUCAAACAAAACACAGAUUGUGCGCUGAAUCAGUUUAAUGUUGUAAUAAAGUCAAGAGCAAUAGAUUGUAAA